GUCCAAUUAGUUAACGAUUUACAAAUCAUGGCUACUACCAAAUUCACACCUACGGACAAUUUCUACUUAUUCUGUAUCCACUUUUACUUGCUGAAGUUUAGAAAUGUCCAACUUCCCAGUUUAAUGGAUUGCGCCAUCAUAUUUUAGGACAGUAACAAAAACAGAAGCAAACCCACUUUUCAAUCAGAAGAUUCUGGUAUAAGGCAUCUAACAAAAGCUUAUACACUUAAUCUACCGAUGUCUAUUAACAUAAAACACUGUCAGGCAAACAUUGACUUAAACUUGUUGAAUUACUAAAACAGAUAUUACUUUCUAGAUAUUAUUAUUAUUAUUAUAUUAUUUUACAACUUGUUGAUUGUGCGCUCUUGUGAAAACAGAAGCAGAUGGGGAAUCCUCCCAUUCUCACUUCUGCUUUUUCAUCCCACCAACUGUUUCUUUUUGAUUUAUGGUGCACAGUACGUUAGUACGUCCGUAAAGGUUGAUUUGACAAUGAAGGAAUAUGGGAUUAUUUUGAUAUUCAUUUCAGGUGUAUUGAGCGGAGAGUUUGGGGUGACAUUUACAAACCAGUGUGCUUUGGAGGGGAUGACGGUCCUUGUUCGUUGCCAGUACGACUACCCAGUUCUUCACAUCGUCACUUCAGCUCGUUGGUAUAAAGCCCGGUGGGGUUUAGGCAGGUACAUCAUAUCCGCGUUUAUCCCAAGCCACUUCGAAGAUGUGAGCAACUCCAGGAAAGACUGCAGUCUGAAGAUCCAUAACAUAAAACGCUCUGAUGAAGGACAUUACCUCUUUCGUUUCUUGACCACUCUGAGCAGUUGGACGAGCAAAAAUACACUUUAUCUGUCAGUAAAAGAAAUGAUUGCUGCUGUGGAGCCAAGCACAGUGACAGAGGGGCAGUCUGUUACCCUGACUUGCAGCAGCAGCAACUGCGGUAAGCUGAUGCAUGUCUGGUACCGAGAUGGCAAAGUGGUACCGCACCCGGUCUUCCAAGCCAGCAGAAAAGAUUCUGGGAGUUACUACUGUGCUCUCCUCGGACAAGAGAAGAUCAAAUCGGCUCCUGUGGUUCUAAAUGUUCAAUACGCUCCGAGCAACGUUGUGCUGUCCAUUACGCCACCAGAAGACGUCAUCAACGGAAGUUCCGUAACUCUCAGCUGCAGCGGCGAUGCCAACCCACCUGUUCCAGAAAGUGGCUACAGCCUGUAUAAGGGCAAUCGUUUGAUAAGUUCUGGACCAAGUCACACCAUUUCGCUUCUUCGCCCCACCCACAGUGGACUGUAUCAUUGUAAAGCCUCCAACAACAUUAGCUUGGAGGGAAUCCCAUUUGGGAAAUCACCUGAGAUCAACCUGGAUGUGCAGUCAGAUCUGCCAAGUGUUGCUGAGGGCAGUCGUGUCAACAUGAUGUGCGGAAUCACAGCCAACCCUGCCACCCACAGCUACAUCUGGUUCAAGUGGACGAGUUCCAGCACCCUGCUCCAAGUAGGUACGGGACAGAUGCUGCCUCUUCUCUCCGUGGAAACGCCCAGCACUGGAAUCUAUCUCUGCCAGGCCCGAAGCCAACUAGAGGUCAUCAACUCGACGAAAGUCCUACUUUUAAAGGAGGAAAAUCAUUCCGGUCAUGCAUCUGUCCAAAUACUUGCUGGAGUUGGAGCUUGUAUUUUUGUAACAUUUGUUCUCGCUCUUCUUUUUCUAUGGAAAAAACAGAGGAAGAUGGAAAAAAAGGCGAUGUUUCCUUUUCAAGAAGUCAGCUCUGCCACCAAUGAAGAUCAGUCCAACGGUGUUUAUAGUAACAUUGUUCAUACCCCAUCUCCUCACCCUCCGGCACAAAAAUACUCCAAGAAACAACAUGAAAAUGUGAUGCAUUUGUAUGGACACGUAAAAAGCAGACGCCAACGCUCACGGCCACCAUCAUGUAAUAAGCACUUGUCCAUUCCCAAUGAUGAUGACGAGGUUACCUACUCUACAGUUACAUUUGAAGCGAGACAAACACAUUCUGACAGAAACAGACUACAAGAAUCCAGGUCCCAAAUGGUAGAGAUUGGCGACUCGGUAAUCUAUAGCACCGUGGCUAAUUCCAGUUGUGUGUAACAAACAUGGUGGCAAUUUUUUGUGAGAUUUAAUUGGUAUCUCAGUCCAUUUAAGUGCACCUUGUAUAAUUCUUCAUAUAUGUUAAUGUAUUGGACUUUUUAUUUUUCAAAAUUAUAUUUGAUCCCUGCUUAAAAAAAAAAAAAAAAAUUCUAUUGAACAUUUCUAAAGAACUAUAGAACUUUAGGACCCAAGUCAAUUUCUAUAGAAAUUCUAUUGUUCUGUAGAAUUUAUAUAGAAAAUCACAGCCAAAGUUCUAUAGAACAAGUUGUUCUGUACAAAUUCUAUAGAAUUCAUUAGAUUUCUGUAUAAUAGCUAUAGAACAUUUUUUUGCAGGUGUGACUCAUGAGAAUUGCAAAAAUACUGUACUAUUCCACUGUGUAUACAUUGUUUUGCAGCAAGAAUAUCGUACUAUGAGUUACUUUUAUUGAGGUGGGUGACAGGAGAAAAUGUACAAAUAUUUGUGUAAAAAUAUUACUUGUACUGAAAAAUAAAACGAAGCA